AUGCCAUGGGAUCCGUUGCACGUGCUUCCGGACAUCGCCGCCUUCGUUGCGCUUCUUCUGUCUGUCAUGGCAGCCUUUGGUUUCGUGCAAAGCUUCGGUGCAACCACGGAGGCCGCCCGGCUUCGCGCCUGGGCAGCACUGCCCUGGAAAGCGGUUCCCUGCUCUGUGCAGGAGCUGGGUGUCGCCUACAGGGGCACCUGCCGCCUAGACUCCGACCAAGAGAGAUACGAGGACCAGGACUUUGCCGAGUGCUUGGGUGCACCAGACAAUGCCCCUGGACAAAGCCUCCAGGACAUCAUCGACAGCGCUCGCUUCAACUCCACCCAAGGGCUUUGCGGGCAAGUCUCUACAGUGAAGUUCCAGGCUGUAGGCGGCGACUCCACUUUCUCACUUGGCCGGAGGCUUCUCAUGCAUUUCUUUCACCCGCGCGGCCCGGGGGAGAUGGUCGGGUCUCGCUGGAUUCCGAUCGCUUGGCGAUGCCAUGACAGUUACCUUCCAUGGGCCGUGGUCCGGCUGGAUGAGGGCGUGAGGUGUGCCUAUGCAUAUGGUGCGCCCAAAGCUUCCAUCUACAGCCGCUGGAAAGAAGUACAGGAUGAUCUUCAGGACCUGGGCUUGGCGAAAGGCCUUGUGCAGGGAGCAGAGUGCUGGCGCCCCCAAGGGGACCUGUGCACUGUAGCCCUGAAGUCGAAUCACUACCUCUUGGAGCGUGAGGGAGGGAAGGAGGAGGUGUGGCGCAACGUGGCCAUUGCCUUGGCUGCCGCAUCCUUGACACUGGCGGUCUGCGCAGGCUUCUUCCGCCGUCGAACGGAUCAUGAGCCCGUGCCAACCGAGGACCCCGAGGAGGCAGAGUCUUUGUCCGCGCGUGUGCAACGCCUCGUUGCGGGUGCUGCUGCAAAAGUUUCGGAAGCCACUCCGCAACUCUCGGGCCGGAGCUCCCGUCGCACAGUCCGCGCUGCGUGGUUCGAUUCCGGGAACGGUGUCAAGAAAGAGCUUGACCCCUCUGCCCGCAAGAGGAGGGCCAAGGAGGAGGUGCGCUGGGGCGCUGCCCGAAAGAAUGGCUUUCAAGCUUUCCUGCACACAGUGGCGAGUUGCGUGACUAGGCACGAGCAGGUCCUUUACUUUAUCUCUGUUCCACCUCAGCCUCUUCGCAAAUUCACAACAGCAGCACACAUGGAGUUCAUGGCGGCUGCCAGAGUUGUGCACGCGAAUGAAGCUUCCACGGAGCGGAUAUUCUGCUUUGGGGAAAGAGUUCAAUACCUUUCCCGCAGCACUGGCCAGUGGAUCCCGGCAAUCGUUCAGGGCCAUGCGAUGGUGCCUGUGCCAGGUGGUGCCUCGGAUGAGUUUCACUACCAUUUGGAUGUGCAGGAGGCUGCCCAUCCCAGCCGGGUCAAGGCUGCAGACACUCAGGUAACGCAACCGGCACAGCUGCCACCCAAGGCCAAGCCCAAACUUCAAUCAGAGCACCCCCAGCCCCAGCCUUGUGCACAGCCUCAGCCCCAAGCUCAGCCAGCACCGGUCACACUCCCUCCCCCAGCAUCGGCUCCUGCACCAUUGCACCCUUUGCCCCCUACAGCAGCUAAUCCGCCAAAGCCUGCUGGACGCUGGCAGCUCAUGUGCCUGCAUUCUGAGGGCUUCUCCCAAGAAGUACUCCAGGCCCUGCCAAGCGCUCUGCGGGCUGUGACGCUUCCGGAUGGAAAGUCUCACCUUGGUCGUCAGCACCAGGCCAAGUUUCUGGAAGCCCUGCUGGCCAAGUCACCACAAUUCCUGAGCAUCAUCUCGCGUACGCAUGCAGAUGUGGAGGCCCCCAGAGAUAGCUCCAAGAUCCGCAUUACCAACCUCACUCAGAACCCUAUCUUCGUGAAUUCUACCGCUCUUUGGCAAGGGCAGUCCAACGAGCUUGGGCCCGGUGCCACGCUCAGCUUUGCUCGGAACCAAGGCGACGACACCCCACACCAUUUCCUCAUCCUUCAGCUGCAAGCCUUGGACAACACUCUCCUGCGGAAUGAGGCCAAGGCCAAGGCUGAAGCCACGGCUGAGGCCGGUCCAGCCAGUGCAGCCAUUCCGGCCCUGGUCUCUCCUUUGACGCUCGCCCCUCCUUCUUCUGGCCCUGCUGCACAGCCGCCAAGCCCUUCGGCCAUGACAACGGUGGAUGUUGCCAAAGUGGGCAUCCCCACCGAGGUUCUGCAACAUCUCCGCGCUGUGGAGACCUGUAAGCUUGACAGCCCCAAGGUCACAGCUUCUGCAGCCCCGCAAGGCAAGCCUGAUGGCAAGCCUGCAGUCCCAGCGGAUAUUAGGCCGGCCCCAAAGCCGGAUCCCGAGCCUGAGCCACCUGAACCGCGCCUCCCAGACCCCCAGAUGGCACCGCAUGGACAAGUCCAGCCAACUCCAGGCAGCAUGGCCGUUAGUGCAGACGGCGCUGCGCGGAUUGAGGCCAGCACUGCAGAAAUGGCAGCCAAGUGGUAG